CAUGGGCAUCACAUUUGUUGGGCUUUCAUAACUCUACUAAAGUAAUUUUGAUCCCCUUUGAUUGCAGUUUGGACUAGGAAAACACAAUGUUUUCCCGACUUUGUUUAAAAUCUUCUCGUUAUGUUUCUAGUCAGGUCACUGUCACGAAGAGAAUGUUUCGGAUAUCUUCCAAUAUAAAUUCUCAAACUGCAGCCUCAGCACAGUCAACAUCUAGUAAAGAUGUAGCAGAAGACAAAAGACCAUUAUAUUUAGAUGUCCAAGCCACAUCUCCACUGGAUCCAAGGGUUUUAGAUGCCAUAAUGCCAUACCAAGUCAGUUACUAUGGUAAUCCACAUUCUAGGACACAUGCAUAUGGAUGGGAAAGUGAAAAAGCUGUUGAAAAAGCUAGAAAGCAAGUAGCUGAUUUGAUUGGUGCUGACCCUAGAGAAAUUAUUUUUACAAGUGGGGCCACAGAAUCCAAUAAUAUAGCAGUAAAAGGGGUUGGAAGAUUUUAUAAAAGUAAAAAGAAGCAUCUUAUUACAACACAAACUGAACAUAAAUGUGUACUAGAUUCCUGUAGGUCACUAGAAGGAGAAGGUUUUAAAGUAUCAUAUUUACCUGUCAAGCAGAAUGGUAUUAUUGAUAUGAAGUUGUUAGAAGAGACUAUAACACCAGAAACAUCAUUAGUAUCUAUAAUGACUGUUAAUAAUGAAAUCGGUGUCAAGCAACCUGUUGCUGAUAUAGGUGAAAUGUGUAGAUCAAAGAAAGUAUUUUUUCAUACUGAUGCCGCUCAAGCUGUAGGUAAAAUACCUAUUAAUGUCAAUGACAUGAAGAUAGAUCUUCUAUCUAUUAGUGGUCAUAAGAUAUAUGGUCCAAAAGGGGUUGGUGCCCUAUAUGUCCGUAGACGUCCAAGGGUUAGAGUUGAAGCCCCUCAAUCAGGUGGUGGACAAGAAAGAGGGAUGAGAAGUGGAACUGUACCUACACCACUUGUUGUUGGAUUAGGGGCUGCUUGUGAAUUAGCUAUGGACGAAAUGGAGUAUGAUUCUAGAAGAGUGAAAGAGUUAUCAGACAGAUUGUUAAAUAAAAUUAUGUCCAAUAUAACACAUGUUAUAAGAAAUGGGGAUCCUCAUGAAACUUAUCCUGGUUGUAUAAAUUUAUCAUUUGCCUAUAUAGAAGGUGAAAGUCUUUUAAUGGCUAUUAAAGAUAUUGCUGUAUCAUCAGGAAGUGCAUGUACCUCAGCAUCAUUAGAACCAUCUUAUGUACUAAGGGCUAUUGGAACAGAGGAAGAUUUAGCUCAUUCUUCAAUCAGAUUUGGUAUUGGUCGAUUCACAACAGAAGAAGAAGUUGAUUACACUGCUGAUAAAUGUAUAGAACAUGUAACAAGAUUAAGGGAAAUGAGUCCAUUAUGGGAGAUGGUACAAGAAGGAAUUGAUUUAAAGUCUAUUCAGUGGUCUCAACAUUGA